GCCUCCUUUCCCUUUCAUCUUUCUCACUGACCAAUGGGCUUGGAGCAUUAAGGCCACGCCCCUAUUCUGCAUUCUAGUGGGGCCCUGGUUACGCCUCCUGUGGUUCAGUCGCACAGCUGCCUGGUAGGUGACUGGAGGCAUUCAGCAGUGCUCACUGGGAUUUUGCUGAUGUGGCCCCAACCCCGCCUCCCUCCCCACCCCGCGAUGUCAGAAAAAACACAACAGGGGAAAUUGGCCGCAGCCAAGAAAAAGUUAAAAGAAUAUUGGCACAGGAAGAGCCCUGGCAUUCCAGCAGGAGCUAACAGGAGAAAGAAAAUCAAUGGCAGUAGCCCUGACACAGCCACUUCUGGUGGUUACCACUCACCUGGGGAUAGCCAGUACCAAGAACUAGCAGUGGCCCUGGAUUCAAGCUCCGCAAUAAUCAGUCAACUCAGUCAAAACAUCAAUUCACUGGCUCACACAUUGAAGGAGGAGAAGCAUGAGAUACAUCGGGUACAGAAGCUUGGGAGGAGCUCGUUCAAACUCAAAAACCAGAUGGCUGAACCUCUGGCCCCAGAGCCCCCAGCAGGGCCCUCUGAGGUGGAGCAGCUACAAGAUGAGACCAACCACCUAAGGAAGGAGCUGGAGAGUGUGGUAAAACAGCUGCAGGCCGAGGUGGAAAACAAUCAGAUGUUGAGUCUCCUGAACAGGAGACAGGAGGAGAGGCUACGUGAACACGAGAAGAGGCUACGUGAACAGGAGAAGAGGCUACGUGAACAGGAGAAGAGGCUACGUGAACAGGAGGAGAGGCUUCGUGAACAGGAGGAGAGGCUGUGUGAACAGGAGAAGCUGCCAGGGCAGGAGAGGCUACUGGAAGAGGUGGAGAAGCUGUUAGAACAGGAGAGACGGCAGGAGGAGCAGGAGAGGCUACUGGAGAGGGAGAGGCUGCUGGAUGAGGUGGAGGAGCUGCUGGAACAGGAGAGGCUUCGGGAGCAGGAUGAGAGGCUGUGGCAGCAGGAGACUCUGCGGGAGCUGGAGAGGCUGCGGGAGCUGGAGAGGAUGCUGGAGCUGGGAUGGGAAGCCCUCUACGAGCAGCAGGCCGAGCCAUGCAGUGGCUUUGAGGAGCUGAACAACGAGAACAAGAGCACACUGCAGUUAGAGCAGCAAGUAAAGGAGCUGAAGAAGCCGGGUGGAGCUGAAGAGCCAAGAGGCUCCGAGUCUGCAGCAGCAGCCAGACCAGUACCUGUGUACCGCUCUAAGAGCCCUAAUCCCACAGGAGCUUGGGUGUGCGGACAAGCAGGGUGGACUCCCCAGGAGCACCCAGGCUUGGGUGGAGAAGCUGUUGGUACAGGAGAGGCGGCACGAGGAGCAGGAGAGGCUGCAUGACAUUCUUUUCGGGCUGCCGAGAACAGGGAGAUAAACAUCACCAUCAUCUAAGAGCUGGUCAAGAAAUUAAAAAAAAAAAAAAAAGUUAAGGGGUUAAUCUCCCACACAAUUCGUUUACUUCAUUUGAAUGUUAGAGCCACUUAUGUUUAUUUGUGUUUCUAAUUUAUAGUUUGAAUUUAUUUGUGUUUCUAAUUUAUAGUUUACAUUUAUUUGUGUUUCUAAUUUAUAGUUUGUGUUUCUAAUUUAUAGUUUAAAUUUAUUUGUGUUUCUAAUUCAUAGUUUAAAUUUAUUUGUAAAAAGUUAAAGGAGAGUGGGUCUUUGCCUCAUGUUCACUCUGGCAUCCUUUAGCAUUUUUUUAAUUUGAUAAUUAUAGGACGUUAGCAUGCAUAUCGAGUUUGCCCUUAUGUAUGGGAGUUCAAAGACACAAAGACCCACUAUAUGCACACAACUGUUCUUGCUGGUUUGGGAUAGGCUGCCAUGCUUUUUUAAUGUUAGUGCAGCAUGUAUAUUCAUUACGGAAUUGAGAUAAAAUUUACUUAUGUUCUGCUGUUAUGUUUGAUCGAAUCCUAAUCACAGUGAGCUCUUCAUUAGCUCAAUAUGUGGUGUGCCCUCAAGUGCGCAGUCUAUUACUUUGUAAUAUGCCACUGUGAGUACUGACAUUUACAGUUGCUUAAAGGCGGAGCACUGGAAACAGCCUUUCUCCCUUUUUCUGUGUAUUGGGGAUGGGAGUAAUAACAUUUUGGGGAGCUUUUUAAAUCCCCCAGAAGAGGAAAGUGGCCUGCUCUGGCAGUUGUGUGCAGGAUAGAAUAUGUUUCAUUUGUUCCAGUGCCAAGAAUGAGCACUGUACUAUGGUAGUUCCCUUAGGAUUUGUAUGUGCUCUGGGCUCAUGAAGAUAUUGCCUCAUGAGCUGUGGCAGUUGUACUCUUCUUUGAUGACCAAAAAAGGGAUUAUUUCUGAGGGAUGAAAGGCUCCCAUCAUGACUGUGGAUGUGGGAAACCUCUUCUUGCUGAGAGCAUUUAUAUCUACAAUACGUUUUAAAGUCAGAGUUCAUGUUCCCUGUUUUAAUCACAUGACAACAGGUCCCAGCACACAAAAGGGCACUGGUUGGCAUUCUUCUUAAUGUAUUUAGUAAAGAUCAGAAGAAAUCCUUUAAGAGUUUAAAUGUCCCUCGAACAGGCAUAUACAGGCUCUAGUCAAGAAUGAAUUCGAGUGAAGGAAAGCUGUGUCACACCUGGCAUUCCUCUAUGUUCAUGGAGCUUAUUUGAGGCUAGAAGAUGGAUUUUACCAUCUAGACCUCUCUGGCUAAUACCUAGUCUUCAAGCAUCUGACAUAGGAAUUUACUUCUUUUCUUUGAAUGGAAAAGACUUUAAAAAUAAUAACAAACAUUAUUAUAAACUAAUAUAUGUGAGAGUACUUAGUUGAAACAAAAAGGAGUUUUAGUAGACAGUGUUAUACUACAUUUGAAAAUCAAGGAGAAGUUUAUUCAACUUAAAAUGUUUACAAACUGCAGCGCAAUCUACUGUUUGUGAAUGUGUCAUGAGGAAAGUGUCUAUACAAUCACAGAGUUAUAUUUCCUCACAAAGUUCUUUCCGAAGAGUGAAAUAUGUUUUAAUACCUCUCAGUUUCAGUUAGAAGCAUACUUUGUGUAAUAUUUAUGGCUUAAAAUGGACUAAAGGUCCUGUUCUUGUGUUUUCUGAACUUGCCACUUUUGAAUUCUUUGAGCUCAGUUUAAAGACAGUUAAGUCCAUUUUAAGCCCUCAGGCUAGAAAUCGUACCACUGUUAAUUAGCCACAUUAUUUGGUCUAACAGUUUUUCUUUAUCAUUCUGAAACUGAGUUUAUCUAAUACAUUGAUAAAUUAUUUCAAAGGUAUUUUUAUAGUUCAAAUCACUUCACUUUUACCCUGACACAUAUAAAUGACUAGGAAUGACCUUCACAUAGCAUUUAGCAUCUGUAACCAAUCUGACAAUAAUGUGUUCAUCAGGCACCUAUGGAUUAAAUCACAUACUGGCAUAUUUAAGCUGAAUGUAAGUCUGAAAAAUAAAUGUACUAUAUUAACUCAAAUACCACUCUUUGUGUAGGUAUUUUGUCAUAUGUUUAAGAAAAAGCUAAAAAGAAUGGAAAUCCUAUGACAAUAACUUAAGUCUUUCUUCAAAGUGCAUGCAUUCUUUUGCAGUACCUCAUUCAGCCAAGUAUUAGUUCUCUUCCUCAUUCCGUAUAAGGCAGCUUUCAAUUUGCUUAGAAGGCAACAUUAGAAGGUUAGAGUUCAGCAGAAACAUAGAAUUUUAAAAUGUGACUUCAACUGAAUAAAUUUGAAUUUCUGUAGGAAGUAAAGAAUCAAAAUACCUAUUUAAAGACUGCAAUAUGUGAUAAUUAUUUUUAAAGUAAUUGAUUAAACCUGAUAGGUUUUCCCAAAAUGAAAAACAAUCAGUUCUAAAACCAAAGCUGAUUUUUAGAAAAUGUGAAAAUGUAAAUCAACCCUAUCCAUAAUAGAUUCUCUAAAACUUUAUCUUACAGUCACUUUCAAAUAACUAUUCAAAAAUGUAACUGCUAUAUUAAUGUCUUAAAAUAAUUUAAAACAUUUUAAAUUACAAAUACUGUAGUUUAAAACAAAGAAUCUAGGGGAAGGAAAAGUAGACAAAGAAAUGCCAAUUCCAGUCCAAAGCUGUAUUUGCCAAGUUUUCCUAGAAUGACUUUUACCGAUUUGUGAAUUCUUAUACACAGAAUGCAUAAUGGAAAUACUGAUUUUUGUCUAAAGUGGCAUUAUUGACUGCUGCUGUGAUGCUACUGUAAUGUAAUACCUUAUUAAAUUGUUUCAAGGUGCUGUUUUGCCUAAAAAUUUUGUGUGUCUUGAAAACUAUAGUAUUAAAGGUAUUGAGACUGUGCAAAUGCUGGGCAUGCUUGGCAUGAGAUAAUCGGUUUUUAUUCUUACAAAAUUGUAACUAUGUAAGUGUGUUUAUUAAAAGAACACAAACUAAAAUAGUUACAGGAAUUUAAAAAAGUUGUGGGAUGAAAAAGUUACAGGAUAAAAAAUACUGUGGAAAAGUUGUGGGAAAAAAAUUGUGGAAAAAAAGUAAAAAGAAAAAGUUUUAUGAAAAGUUUUUUAAAAAAGUUCUGAAAAAGAAGUUACGGGAUUUAAAAAAAAUCAUGGGAUAAAAAUAAAAAUAAAUAAAAGCAGGCCCCUGUCAGCAUAAGCCUGGAGAAGUGGGUCUGGAUUCUUCACCCCCACCAUGUCCCUACAACCCCUUCCCAGUCACCCCUUUACCAUUAGGGUAGCAAGACAAGACCCCUGUCUAAUGGAGGGAGACAAACAGACCCUCUACCACCUUGAGCAAGGCCGAGUCCUUACAUUUCUGGAUGAUGAUGUUUGUUAUUUUAGAGCCAGAGGUUGGUGGAGUUGGUUUGUUUGGAGGAGGUCUGACGGCCUCCUUACUCUCACCAAAGCAACUUUUCCGUCAGGGGGGCUCCCAUCUUCUUACUCAGAGAGGCAGCUGAGGCGGGACAGUGGAGUUAACUGUAGACCAGGCGAGGGCACAGACUGCUGGGGGUGGCCCCCCUUCCCCCGUGUACAUACUGUAUCUGU